UGGAAAUCCCCCACCCCAGGGCCCCGGAUCCAGGUUCUGGCGGUGAAAAUUUCUGUUUUCGAUUCGGAAAGGGCUGUCAUGCGCCAUUUGACAUUCAUUAUUAGAAAGACGACAAAACUCCAUGAUGUUGAGGCGCGUACAUGCUCAGCUACAGUUUGGGCUGUAACCUGACUGUGCGAUCCGGAUCGCGCGUAUUUAAGGCUCUCUUGAACUAGGCAACACGGCACCAAACCUUGUCAGUAGUAUUUGACUCCAAUAAUAAUAAACUGCAAGGUGUACUUUACCCCAAUGAUAAACUGCGUGAGGAGACAGACUGGUGGGGUUUUGGCGUGGUGUUAGCGGUCUCGCUCUGCAGCGCGAUGACGUGAGGCUGCAUUUGUCAGAAGUGACGUCAAUGCUCGGCGAUUUUCAUCUUUUUCGUCCGCUUGUUGAAGAACCUUUGGAAGAGACUUUGGCGACUACGAAACCUUCAUAUUGUUUCUAUAAGGUAUGCCGUCUUCGUCCUGUUUUCAUGGUAGAAAUGACGAUACAUCUCCCAACACGUCUCUCACAGAUUUAAUGGAUCUCAUUGAGCCUUCGGAGGCCGCCCCCCCUCCUGCAUCCAACCCAUCGCCAUCGCCGGGCAAUGGAUCGUCAAACCGCAAUAGAGAUGGGUCUCUUACAGGGCGUUCACAGAGGCCGAGUAUACGAGUCCUACGCUUUCCCUCCAAUCCUACACAAACAGCGACGCUUCGAACCAACCGACAGCGCGACAACAAGACAAAUGUGUCUGAGAUUGCGAACCGGCGUAGAAGUAGCUCGGAUCCCCAAUGGGUUGGGCCAUUUGCCAACCACGGCGCUGAUAUAGGUCCUGCUGCGGCAACAAGGGAUUUAACACGAAUGCCUUCGUUAGUAGAGGAGCCUUCAUAUGAGGAGAUUGUCCCACAAGAGAGUGGAAGCUCGCCUCCACGUCCUGGUAAUUUAGGGAGACUGUGGCGGACGAGUGCUUUUGCAAUAUCGUCACUAGGUUUGACGCGUGCUGCCACAGUCAGUGGACAUGAAGUAGGUGCAAUGACUGACCGAGUGGUUGAUCUUCUCGACGUUGUUGACCCUGAAAUAUCGACCCUGACUACCCUUACAAAUGUUCAAAAUUCCCUCUUCGUACCUGAUCUUGGGCGGCUUUUAAAUCGUAGACCGUCGUACCAAUUGACUCCUAGAAUUGAAGAGGCCUCCCAGCCGGAGGAGCCUGAGGGUGAUCGCGAAAGCCUGGCAGGGGAAGAGAAAGAUAUAUCAGAACGAUUUCGUCUACAGAGCUCCAGCUCAACAGUUAUUGAUGACCUUUGUUUCGCAGUUUUACCCGACGGGGAAACGCUUCCUGGCUGGAGUGAGGCAGAUAAGCUGGAACUCAAUGAUCAUGUUAGACAUAUGCUUCAUUCGCGGCGAUCUAAGUUCAAACGAUCUAUGAAGGGCUUUGGGCAGUAUGUUCGGAAACCUCUUGGGUUUCUAGUCACGCUCUAUGCGACACUAAUUACACUUUUUGGUCUUGCUUGGGUCCUGUUCCUCAUAGGGUGGAUCAAUGUUGGCGGGCGUCAGCUCUAUAUCAUCAACGUCAUAGACAAUGUUCUCGUCGCUUUAUUCGCCAUAGUAGGAGACGGACUUGCCCCGUUCCGCGCAAUUGACACAUACCACAUGAUUUUUGUCGCGCGCUAUGCCCACAUGACCUGGCGUCUGCGGAAGGAAAAAGCGCUCCCUAAACUCCACAACAAAAACGACCUUCCCAAGGAGAGGAUAGACGACACCAACCAACACAUCGAUACCGAAAUAAAUACCGUGGAUAAUCUUAGUGACGGACGCCCCAACGAUGAAAUCAAACCAGAGGAAUACUCAGUCCUCAACGCAAAGCAGCAGAAGCGCCUGGAGCACCAUCAAAAGAAGCUCUCGAGAUCACACACAUUUUACAAACCGCAUGAAACAAGCACCCACACAGCCUUCCCCCUCCGCCUCCUGAUUGCUAUCAUCGUGCUGCUGGACUUCCACUCCAUCUUCCAGAUAGCAUUGGGCACAUGCACGUGGGCUAUCCAUUACGAAGUUCGCCCGUCCGCCCUUACGACUGUACUUCUCUGCUGCUCACUUACAUGCAACAUCAUGGGUGGUGUUUUGAUUUGGAUUGGGGACCGUAAGUCGCGCAAGAAGGAAGUUAUUGAGAGAAUGUUCCGGCAAGAGUUGACACAAGAGGCGAUGAAGAAGGUGGAUAAACGGAGAAGGAAGGCUAGCAAACGGGAGAGUAUGGAUGUGAGGCGGAAAGUAUCUCAUGAGGGUGAAGAGAGGAGGAUAGAGAGAAGCAGCACUGACACGAAAACUUUAUCCUAGAGGUUUUUUUACGAUUAAACUUUUCUUUUAAUGGCGUUCAUGGGGUGGGAUACAAGCGAUAUAUACACGAACACAAACGUACCGUGAGGGUUAAUAAUUAUACGUACAGUACGAUCCGUAGUGCCUUGACAAGAUAAUGUAUAGUAAGUCAAUACUAUUUAAACCUGAAUAACUUAAUGAAUAAGGGACUGGGAGUUUUGGAAGGUCGAUGGAUGGAAGGAUCCAUAGGCGUUUGUCGACGGGUGAUGGGAUAACGGGAGGAGGGAUCUAAUACUCACACAGCUUCCGGAUUUUCCAUUUUUCCGGAUGCGCCCCGAUGCAAAAAGAGCUCAAUCACCACCAGAACUAUCUGGGGUUGAACCAUUCCUUAUGUCAACAGCUUCGCUAUAUCUAGCUCUGCAGAUCUUAUAAGACUUUUCUGAUAUUUUAAAAUUUCAGAGUUCAAUUUAUUAUAAAGAUGUUUUUCUAUGAAAUAAGUUAAUAAUGGCAGCAUAAUUU